AUGCCCCUCAUACUGUUCUGCGGGUUCCCAUCUUCCGGGAAAACCACGCUUGCGAUGCGGCUUGCCCAGGAGCUGGAAAACAAGAUUGCCUCUCUUGGGGAGGACGAGGAAGGGUCUAACUUCAAGGUCAUCCUCCACAACGACGAGAGUCUUGGUAUAAGGCACGAUAUGUACAGGGAGUCUGCUACGGAGAAGGCUGCCCGCGGGACACAGAUGUCUGCCUUCAAGCGAGACAUCUCUAAGAACAACAUUGUCAUUAUGGACAUGCUCAACUACAACAAGGGGUUUCGGUACCAACUCUUUUGCGAUUGCAAGUCGGCCAUGACGAGCAACUGUGUGGUGCAAGUGAUAUGUCCCACAGAGACGUGUUUCCAGUGGAACUCGGCAAGAGAGAGAGGCCAGCAAUGGGACGAGGACCUGAUGCGGGGGUUGAUUGCAAGGUACGAGGAGCCCGAUGGCGGGAAACGGUGGGACUCACCGCUAAUCAAUGUGGCGUCAGCCUUAGACGUUGUCCAUGGCAGUAAUGGCAGUGGAAGUGACAAUAUCGAUAUGGAUAUCAGGGUGCCACUAGAUGAGGUUUGGUCUGCUAUUGCACUACGUAAGGGGCCCAAACCGAACCUUGCCACUGUUCUCAAGCCGGCAACCAGGACAGACUACCUCCAAGAGCUGGACAGGCUCACCAACGAGGUGGUCUCCCAAAUCGUUGCCUUCCAGAACCUCAAUGGACUAGGGAGUCUCCCGGUGAAGAACAUCAACAACGAGACAUGCACUGUUCAUCUCCAGAGCUCAACCACGUCAACGGCGGCCCUCCAACGCAUGCGGAGGUCCUACGUGGCCUUAAACCGUGUCCGUACAGUUGACAGGGACCGAAUCAUCCCCCUCUUUGUGGAGUACUUGAACAACAGGCUCGAAGACUAA